AUGACAUAUUUACGAAAUAUCUUACGAUACAAAAAUGUUUUGAAGAAUUAUGAGAAUACUUGGAUUGGACAAAAUUAUAACAAGACUAAUUUCAAAUUUAAACAAUUAUAUUUUAAAAUAGAUAAAAAAAUUAUACAUAAUGAUAAAAAAAUUAACGAUAUUAAUAAUGAAAUUGAAAAAAAUAUAAAAAAGAAAAAAGAAAAUACAACCUCUUACACAUAUGCAUAUUUAAAAAGAAUGAUUUUUGUAACAUUCUUAUUUUAUGGUACAUAUGAAAGUAUAAAUUUAGUUAAAAAUAUAAAAAACUAUAUAGAAGAAGAUCAAAAAUUAAAUAGUAUUAUACAUGUAAAAAUAAACUUAGCAAAAAUAAGAUUUGAAAGAUUUACAUGCCAAUUAAAUGAUAAUGUGUUUAAAUAUAUAAAACAAAAUGUAAAUUUAAAUAUUAUUUUAAACUAUAUUAGUGAAUUCAUUUCUUAUUUAUUAAAUUAUACUUAUUUGUUUAUUCAGGUUGCUAUAAAAAGUUUCACAAAUUUCACAAAUUUCGCAAACUUCGCAAACUUCGCAAACUUCGCAAAUUCGACACUAUGGAUAAAUAAGUUGCUAGGAAUAAACGAAGCUAAAAUCGAUACAGUAAAAAAAGAGAAAAAUGAAAAAGAAUGCAUCAAGAAUGAACAAGAUGGAAAUAUAAAUUGUGAUGAAAAAAAUGAAGAUUUACAUAAAGACAAUAUAUAUAACGAUAUAGAAGAUAUAAUCCAUGCUUUUAAAAAAUUAAAAAAUUUCGAAAAUUAUGAAAAUAAUAAUAACCUUAAAAUAGACGAAUCUGAUCAAAUUAACUUAAGAGAUGUUGAAUGUUUACAAGACAAAAAUAAUUUUUAUUUUAACACCAAAAUAAAACAAGAUGAAAAAGAAUAUUCUAUUAAAAAUUUGUAUGAAAAAACUAAACAUCUGGACAAUUAUGAAGAUAACACAGAAGAACCCAAAACAACAUCAUCUAUAAUGGAAACAAAUUUGUCAACACAAACAGACAACAUAGAGAAAAACAUGAUAAAACUUAAAGAAUGUAUGAAAUUAAAUGAAAUUGAAAAUAUUAAAAAAGAAGAAUAUAUGGAAGAAAAACAAAAUGAUAUUGUAAAUGAAGAAUCCAAUAUUAAGGAUAGCAAAGACAAUCUUCAUGUAAUUAUUAAAAGUGAUGAAAAUAUUGUAUCCAAGGAAGAUGUACAAUUAGGUAAAAAUAUGAACAAUGAAAAUAAGAGACAUAAAGAAGACGAAAAACAAAUAUAUAUAGACAAAAUCGAAAAAAUAAAUAUUUUGCCAAAGAACACAUCAGAUAAAUCUAUAGUAAUUCCUGAGAAAAAAACAAAAACUAUUGAACUUGAAAAAGAAAAUAAAACUUAUAAUGUUGACGAAAUGGAUAACACAAUUAAUAAUAAAAAAGGAGAUAUAAUAAAUAAUGAUAAAUAUAUAAAAAAAAUAUUAGAAAAAGAGUUAACAAAUUUUAAAGCAGAUAUAAAUAGCUUAAGCAAAACAGAUUUACAAAAUAAAAUAGUUGACAUGUAUGUAAAUGAACUAGUUACAGAAAGAUAUAAAGAUAUAUUAUUGGAAGAAGAAAAGGAAAUAUUAAAAAAAAUAUUAACAGUUAAAUAUAAUGAUAUUUUUUUAAAAAAAAAAAAAAAAGUAGAAAAAGUCUUAAAAAAAUCAAUGUUAAAAAUAUUAAAAGAAGAAGAAAAAAUAUUAAGAGAAAAUUAUGAAAAAAAAAAAGAAAGCUUUGAAAAUAAUAUAAUUGAUCAAACUAAAAAAGAAAUAGAUAUAGAGAAAAAUAAAAUGAAAAAUGAAUUAAAAGAAAUUGAAGAAAAUUAUUUAAAAAAAAUAAAUACCUAUGCAUAUCAUAUAAAUAUAAUAAAGGAAAAUAUAGAAAAUGAUCAAAUUAGACAAAAAAAAUUACAGUAUAUAAAUGAUAUACAACAUCAAUUGGUUUAUUUACAAAAUUGUAUAAUUCAUGAUUUAUCAAUAGAAUCAAUUUUAAAAGAUUUAAAAAAAAAUUUAAAAAAAGACACAUUUUUAGAAAAAACCCUUAAAGAAUUACCAGAUAAUUUUUUUACAUGUACAUAUAAAAUAACUAAUAAUAAUCAAGAACAAAUUAAAAAUAAAUUUUAUUAUUUAUAUAAAUUGAGUGUAAAGGAAGCUUUUUAUCAACAUUCAAAUAAUUAUUUAUAUAAAAUAUUAAGUAAUUUAUUUUCUUAUUUUUAUAUUAAUUAUGAUACAACCUCUAAUAUAAUAUUGAAUCGAACUCUAAAAAAUAAUUCGAUUUUAAAAGAAAAUUUACUAAAUUUAUCUUAUGCAUUCAAUAAUAUAAAACAAAAUAAAUUUAUAGAUUCUUUGCAAUAUAUAGAAGGGUUGACUGGUGGGUGUAAACAAAUAUUUGAAUCAUUUAAUGAAGAUAUAAAAAAUGUUAUUUUGUUUAAAUUUUAUCUCAGAAUGGCUGUAUCGAGAUUAACAUUAUUGAGCAAACUUAUGAGAACAUAUUCUGAGGAAAACUAA